AUGGCACCGUACAGCGCAAAGGUUGACACGCCUCGUGAUGUCGAGGACGAUGACUUCGAUUUCGAGUACUUCUCCCGUACUUAUAAGCCGCUUUCAAACCUCCCGACCCCUCCUCCGUCAUCGAGGAAUUCGGCUUCCCCAAGCCCCGUCCUUGGGUUGGACAACGACGAGUUUACCGACUCGACUCUGUUAGGACCAGCAGUACAUCUCGUCAACCUUCACCCACCAUCAGCAUCCAUCGCCUCGCCGUCCAUCUCCCGCGUCCAAGCCAUUAUAACCCGCGCCGCCCUCCCUCUCGAAACGAUUGCGUUGGCCGUGUGCAUUCUCGACUCGCUGGACUCCAAGUUCUCCCGCAAAUGGCGCAUGGAGUUGCCCUUGGGGGCAGCCUCGUCUAGCAAGCGACACACGAUCUCGGCCGCCUCCAGUCUCGCCACGCACAUCGACUUGGUCAAACCCGAGCUCAUCAUCCUCACAGCACUUGUCAUCGCAUUCAAGUUCACCGAGGACUGCCAGGAGCCAACCCAGUACUACGCCUCGGACUGGGGCAAUGAUCAGUGGACCUGCGACCAGAUAAAUGCCACGGAGCGUAACAUCAUGGAGCACCUGGGGUACCGCAUCCUGCCGCUAUUCGAGAAGACCAUCAUCGAGGACGCCCUGGACGACAUGAGGAGGGCCGGCGAGAUGGCAUUGAGGGAGAUGGAAAUCAACAGGCAGAGGGUGAAGCUGGAUGUUGGCCACUCGAGGUCCAUCAGCGUGCCUGUGGGACCUGGACGCGGCGAUGCCAUUUUCGGCCUGGGCUUCCAAUUGACACCACUCGACACGCCCACUGAAGAGCGGUCGGUGGAACUGGGGGCGCCACAGUAG